AUGUCUUCUUCCAAAGCCACAGACACUCCCGCAGAAAUGCCCGAAAAGGUUCCCGACCUCCCCCCAUCAUUCCAAGAAACAAUGGCCUCACCACCGCCAAUGUUCCAAACCCAAUUCGCCUGCAUGACCUUCAACAUGUUUGACCGCAUCCGUCUCAUCAACUUCACAGAAGCAGAAGUAUCAGCCAUCAAAGAAGUCGUUGCAGCACGAUGGCCAGCUGGUAUCUCACAUGUGCAGCCCUACGGGGAGUCAAUGGAGUUCAGGCUUCGCGGAAGACCUUGGCUGCAUAGGUCUGGUGGGAAUGAUGAUUCGAGGAGAUUGAUGUUGAGAAUUCUGGAGAAGUUGUUUGAUAUGGGGUGGGUGUUGCAGGGGGCUAUGGAGAUUACGCUCAAGUCUGAGAGCAAAGAUUCACUUAUCUUUAGAAAGCAAGAUCCCAUUCCACCGCCGUGCGACUGGAUCUGCAUAUCAUUCGACAACAGCGAUAAACUCAAGAUCAUAGACUCACCACCCAAAGACCUCACAGACGCGAUCUUACAGAUCUUUGGUCGUGAUGUAAGACGCAAAGAAAUCACACCUGACCGCUUCAAGGCACAUCUUGCAAACAUGCCAUGGAAUCCUUCAGGGACAGACACUGUCCAAACGAGGAUCAUACUGCUCAAGUUGAUUGAGACGUUGGAGAGAUGUGGAUUCACGAUUUAUGCUACGAUUGGGUCGAAGGGGGAGGAUGAGGAGGGUGCCCAGGAUUUGUUGGUAUGCCAGAGGGUGAAGGGUUGGAUUCCUGGGGCGCCGAUAUGGCACCGGUAG